CUAUUUAAGCUUAUUUUAUUGAGUAUUUAUUGUUAAUUUAGACGCUGGACGUCGUUUAUUUUUAUUUAAUUUGUGCUGGACACUUUUUUGAUUUUUUUUUUGAUUUUUUUUUGAUUUUUUUAUGGAAAAAUGCUUUCAACACCUAUGAAACAUUUAGACAAGAAUCCUAUUUGCAGUACACCAACAUCAGGUUUAAAAGGUCAGAAAUCUCCUUUAACUCCUCGCCAGACAGCAGCGAUUAUUUCUCAUUUACAUUCAGUGAAACGAGUUUAUUCGCCUAAAUCAUCUAUCUAUCGUCAAACACCUCUUCGACUUGAUGUUGUUACAUCGGAUUGGACACUUGUUGGGACAGGGCCAUCUUCUAGCCCUCAGAAGACUACAAAAAGGGCGUCUUUUCGGCUACAAUGUGAUCGUUUUAUUCCUCAACGUACCAAUCAACCAUCUAGUGCAACCUCGAAAAUAAUUUAUCCUGUUAUUGAAAGUAAAACAGGUGCACAGGAUACUUAUAAUGGGACAUCUAAUCCUUCUGAAACUAUAGCAUAUACAGCUUCAGUUGCAGAAGCAUGUGGUCUUGCAUUAAAUACACGCAUUCUUGCUUUUAAACCAAGUGCACCUGAAACUAGUCGACCAAUUGACCUUCGUUCACAAUAUAAUCGGCCUCUUAAACCUGCUGCAUUAUCAUCUCAGUUUCGUCGACGUAUUGUUACUGCUCCUGAACGUGUUUUGGAUGCGCCCGGGUUGAUUGAUGAUUAUUAUCUUAAUUUACUUGACUGGAGUAAUCUUAAUAAAGUUGCCAUUGGUCUUGAAAGAAAUGUUUAUGUAUGGGAUGCGGAUAGUGGCUCUGUUUCGUGUUUAAUGGAGGCCAAACAAAACACAUAUGUUUCUGGUAUAAAAUGGUCUGCUGAUGGAUGUUACAUAUCAAUCGGAUUGGGUGAUGGAGAUGUACAAAUAUGGGACAUUGAAACGUCCUCUAAAAUGAGAACUAUGUCUGGACAUGAAGCGCGUGUUGGUGUUUUAGCUUGGGAUAAGCAUAUUUUAAGCAGUGGAUGCCGAGAUGGUAGUAUUUGGAAUCAUGAUGUAAGAAUUGCACAGCAUAAGGUUAGUGAAUGGAAAGGCCACGGAUCAGAAGUAUGUGGUCUUGAAUGGAGAUAUGAUGGAUCUCAACUUGCAAGCGGAGGAAACGAUAAUCUAGUAAAUAUUUGGGACUCUAGAUCAUCUGUUCCGAAAUUUACGAAAACUAACCAUAUUGCAGCUGUUAAAGCUUUAUCAUGGUGUCCAUGGCAAUUGAAUCUUUUAUGUACAGGUGGUGGAUCUCAAGAUCGUAUUAUUCACUUUUGGAAUGCAACAACUGGAGCUAGAACACAUUCAGUUGAUACGGGGUCACAAGUUACAUCUGUUCGAUGGUCACCUGUGUAUCGUGAACUUGUUUCUUCGCAUGGAUUUCCGGAUAAUCAUUUAUCUAUUUGGCAAUUUCCAUCUUUGACUAAAGCAAUCGAUAUUCCUGCGCAUGAAAGUCGAGUGCUGCAUAGUUGUCUGAAUCCAGAUGGUCAGGUACUUGCAACAGCUGCAAGUGAUGAAAACCUUAAAUUUUGGAGGGUGUUUGAAAGUACAAAAAAAGUUUCGAUAGAUCAAAUGGCUGGUCUUUCUGGAAAUAAAAGUGGUUUACAAGAGAUGACAAAAACAAUGACAAUUAGAUGAUAUUAAGGCUUGCAAAGGUUUGCACUGUUUCAAACACUUCUCGAAGUUUUGCUUUUAAUCAAAUCAAUAGUGCAACCACUAAUAAGCA